CGACAAGGGCGGAGACGUGGCCCGUGAACGGCGAUGACGCCGGUGCGCGCUCCCGACAAUAAACCUCUGACGCCUUCAUCCGGGAACUUCAACGAACUCGUUCUCCCAACAUGGCGGCGUCAGCUAAGAAGAAGAACAAGAAGGGCAAGACCCUCACUCUGACUGACUUCCUGGCAGAGGACAAGGGAACCAGCAACGCGCCCCCCAGCUACCCGGCUAAGUCCACCAGCUGGGCCGAUGAAACCGACGACCUCGACGGAGAUGUUUCGACCUCGUGGCACACGGAGGAGGACCGGACCCCGGGCAUCGACCGGUCCGUCCUGCCCACAGCACCUCGCUCGGCCCGCGAGCCCAAUGUCGACCGGUCCCGACUGCCCCGCAGCCCACCUUACACGGCCUUCCUGGGCAACCUGCCCUAUGAUGUCACUGAGGACUCCAUCAAAGACUUCUUCCGCGGCUUGGCAAUCAGUGCGGUGCGCCUGCCUCGAGAGCCCAGUAACCCCGAGAGGCUGAAGGGCUUUGGCUAUGCUGAAUUUGAUGACGUGGACUCCCUCCUGAGGGCCCUGAGUCUCAACGAGGAGAACCUGGGGAACCGAAGGAUCCGUGUAGAUAUUGCAGACCAGUCGAAUGAUAAAGAGAGAGACAAUGGCUCCAUGGGAGGCCGGGACCGGGGUGGCCGGAUGUCGGACUUGGGGCCCGACAAGACGGACACCGACUGGAGGGCUCGACCCAGUUCAGAUGCCGACGACGGACCUCCCAAGAGAGAGGAGGCCUUUGGAGAGAGAUCACGGGAUCGCUUUGAGUCGGACCGUUUUAAAGACGGACCGCGGCGGGACAACGACCGCUUUGAUUCGGGACGAGACCGCUUCCGAGAUCGCUAUGACGACCGGGACCGCAGAGACUUCGAUCGAGGAGGUUUUGACUCCGGAGCAGGAGGUGCAGGAGGUCGCCGGGCCUUCGGCACCGGCUACCGCCGCGAUUAUGAUGACACUCGAAGCAGCAGCGACCGUUACGGGGGAGACCGGGACCGGGAUCGCUACGGGGGCGACCGCGGGGGCGACCGCGGGGGCGACCGCGGUGGCGACCGCGAGGAGCGGUACGAGAAGAGGGAGGACAAGAAUGAUGCAUCUUCUGUGCAGAGACCCAAGUUGGUUCUUAAGCCCCGUAGUAUGCCCAAGGACGAGGAACGUAGCAGCGGCGGUGGAGGCGGAGGAGGUGGUGGAGGUGGAGGAGGUGGUGGUGGUACUUCCCAAGCUGCACCUCCGAGCUCCGGCAGCAGGACCUCGUCCAUCUUCGGUAACGCCAAGCCAGUGGACACAGCGGCCAAGGAGAGGGAGGUGGAGGAGAGGCUGAAGAAGGAGGAGGAGAGGCUGCAGAGGCAGCUGGAGGAUGACAAAGGCCGGGGACCCGACAGAAAGAUGAGAGACAGGGACCCGAGCUGGCGCACUGAAGAACCUCAUACUCAGCGUUCUCGCACAGGAAGUGAGUCUUCACAGCAUGAAAGUUCUUCUGGAAGAGGCUCCCGGUGUCGAGAUAGCGAGCGCUCUGGAGAGAAUGAGGUUUUCAGUGGGAGAGAAGGGGAGCCCUCCUCCCCCGGGACCUCACCGCUGCCCCCCCCUACCAGCUGCUCCAAGGAGCCGCUGAAGGUGGUGCCCGCACCUCCUCCGAAGGAGAACGUCUGGGCCAAGAGAAGUGCGGCCAGCACGGGCUCCAGCGAGGGAGACGCGCGGCCUCCGGCCUCUCCCGUCUCCCCAGGUGGUUCAGCUCCUCCCAAGCUCAGCGCCCCAAGUUCUGCAGAUGAAGGCGAAUCUGGAAAAGAUGAGAACAAGGCUGACGGUAUGCGUCGAGACCGGGGGGCACGAGGGGGUCCCGGAGCAGGGCGGGGCCGAGGAGGGGGUCCCGGAGCAGGGCGGGGCCGAGGAGAGGGGCCCGACAGAGACCGGAGAAAGGAGGCAGACAGAAAGGAUAACAGAAGAGACCGAGACUCCAGACCACCCCCAGAGCCAAAGAAAUUUGAAGGACCCCCAGCCCCUAAGUUCAGCUCAGCCAGUAAGUACGCCGCUCUGCUGCUGGCCGGAGACGACGCAGAGGACGUAGACUAGAGAGAAGAAGACGACGAGACACGGCCCGAAGGCGCAAGAAGAAGAAGAAGAAGAAGAAGAAGAGGAGACGACGACGACCGCGGGAAAAAAUAAUCUCACAUAGCUUAUGAAAAAAAAAACUCCUCACAUGGAAGAGGCUCCUGGGAGGACAUCACUCCCUCCUUCCUUUCCUCCUACAAAUCUUUUUUCUUUAAAAAACUCCCCCCCCCCCCCCUUCAGGACUAUUCAGCUUCUUAAGAAUAGUCGCAUACUGGACUUGUUUUAAAUGGAAAAGAAGUAGCCGACACAUGAAAAAGUGAUGGAAUAACAUUGAAUUAAUUGUAAUAAAUAAAUGGAAAAAGUGGGGAAGAAA